UCAUUGCAUCGUAUGCGCGCUCUACCUAACGGCAGCACCUUGUAUCUGCAUCUCAAAGACAAAACUAAAGUUCGUAUAGGAAACGAUGGAGUCAGGUCAUGUACAUGCGCUACAUAAUAUCCUCACUGCAUCCUUCUGACAUGUACAACGCGUACAUUCUGGCCGUCGACGGCGAUGUCAGCUUCCUGCCGGCUGACGUCAUUCGCUUGGCUCAGGAACUGCAGACGAAACGCGAAGCAGGCGCCAUCUGUGGCCGCAUAUAUCCAACCGGCAGCGGUUUAGUGCUGUGGUUCCAAGAGGUUGAGUAUGCGAUUUCACACUUGCUCUACAAGCCCACAGAAGCGCUAGUCGGCAACGUUCUAUGUUGCCCUGGAUGUUUCACCAUGUACCGCGCCAGUGCCCUGAAUUCUAACGGCCUCCUGACUUCCUACGCUAGCAACACUAAGAACGCCAUCGAACACUUGAUGCAAGAUCAAGGAGAGGACCGAUGACUGACUACAUUGGUACUAAAAGCGUUAUCAGACAAGUUACUGCGCAGAUGCACGAGCUAAUACGCAUGCGCCCGAAUCCCUGCCCGAGUUCUAUCGUCAACGUCGGAGAUGAUUCGAGGCAAUUGCUGUCGCAAAAAAGCAACAUGUGGUGGUUUCUCCUGUAUCAGUUGUUGCUAUUGAUCACCGGAUUCCUGACUCCAGGAAUAGUCAUUGCUCUCAUCGUUGAGGGAAUGGUGGUCGUUCAGGAAAUGACUGGUAUAUCAUCGGACAUGAAAAGCGCAGUGCUGAUUGCAGUUGUCGCGGCCGGUGUUCCCAUCAUAUUUUUCAUCCUCAUAUGUCUUUCCGGGAGUGAAAAGUGGCAGUUUCGUGCGGCGAAAGCAUUAAUAGCGCUCUACAUCUUUCUGAGUUUCGUGGCCAUGAUGGGAGCGGUAGGAACCCUGUGCUAUGCGUCGACUGUGACGCAAUCUCCAUUUCUCCUUGGGGGAUACAUCGCUACAUGCAUUAUCGCCGUCCUACUCCAUCCAGAAGACUUGAACAAAGAGACAGCUCUGCUCAUGUUCAUCUAUGUCAUCGGAGUGCCCUCCUAUUUUGUCGUUGCUCAUCUACCCUCUGGCAAGAUGGACGACAUCUCUGGGGAACACGAGAGAGCCUGGUGA